UUGCUCCCUUUCUGUGGGAUUGCACCGGCUGAUUUUCUUUGGCCGGCCCCAUAAAGCGACCGGGAGGGGUUUGCCGGACGGAUGCCCCAACCUUGCCCGGAGGGGAGACGAAGAAGCGAGGUCCAAGAAGCGGCACGGUGGAGGUGGACGGUCAGGCGCCGCUGCCACCGCCACCGCCAUCGUCUUUCUUCGCCGGUCGGAUCUUGCAGAUCCAGUUUUCUGAUCGGUGAGAAUUAUGGCUGCUGCUGAAGCAAGGGCUGCUUGGCAGCGUGCUGCUAACCGUUGCCUCGUUCAGGAGGAUAGAAAAAGAGCACCAAAACUAGCCUACUGUCCAUCAUCAUCAGAAUUACAGCAUGGAAAAAACAAUGGGAAUUGUAGAAAUUCCGAAGAUCGUCCUGUGCCCAAUUUCAUGCCAUUGAGUUGCAAUCCCAUGAACUCCAAUCUGCCGCCAGAUAUUAGAUGGUGGCUUCAGUCACAGCCUAAUUUAGCGGGGCAGAAGAAUCUUGCAGGUGAGCAUCUAUAUUUUCUGGAUAGAGAGAUCAGCAAGAAGGAAGUAGAGGAUCCAGCAUCAAAGAAUACACAUGAGGAACCAUUGUUUUCUGAAAUGGUCGACACCAAUCCUGUGAAAAUUGAGGAUGUUUUUGAGCCUUUGUGGAUGGUUUCCACAGCUUUCAUGAAACAUUCUUCUGAAACAGACUUACAAGAGAUGGAAGACAUGGUGGGCUAUUCUCAAGUUCCUCUAAAGUGCAAAGAAAAUGCCAACGAUUAUUUGUUUGACGAUAAAGAAUUCCUUGAUUUCAAAAAUGUUAGCCGGCCCCAGAAGGCCAAUUUUGACAUCGAUGCACCUUGGAAAGGAGGUGAAAGGAGUCAACCAUGGUGGCAGAUCACUGAUGAGAAUGAGCUGGCUUUACUGGUUGCAGAAAAAGCAAUGCAGACUAUCGAGAAUUGUGAUCUACCAAGACCUUCUCAUACAAUACGUGUUCAGGGUGCUGAAUCACGCAGUCAUGAAAACAUGGGUACGUAUAGGGGGGUAUCACGUCCUGCAGGUACGGUGUCAUAUCCUGAUCCUGGACAAUGUGAACACAUUGAAUGCAGUUACAGCACAGCAAGCACAGAUGAGUUGGAGUUAACUAAUGGUGGAGUUUGGCAACAGCGGGAAACAAAUGUUAGACACAGUGAUGCACAGGAUUUUUCUAGGGGCAUCAAUGCUGAACCACAAAGCAACCGGAUGUACCAGAAUCCUGCGGAGCGAGCUCAACUUUUGGAGGCACUUUGUCAUUCGCAAACAAGGGCGAGGGAAGCUGAGAUGGCUGGCAAGAAAGCACAGAGUGAAAAAGACGAUAUCAUCAAGCUAUUGUUCCGACAGGCCUCACAUCUCUUUGCAUGCAAGCAAUGGUUGAAGAUGUUACAGUUAGAGAACAUCUGCCUCCGGCUUAUUCACAAAGAGCAUCAGAUAGCAACCAUAAUACCUGGUGUUCCAUGGAUGACGCUAAAGAAAAAGACUACACCAGAUCAAGAGAGAGAAAGUGGGGCAAGAAAUAAAGGCAGGAAGCAGAAGAAUGGUGGAGGGGGCUUCUUUGAUGCGAUCCUACUUGCCGUUGGUUUCGGUAUUGCCGGUGCAGGGUUGCUUCUUGGCUGGACUUUUGGGUGGCUUCUGGCUAAGUUGUGAAGUGGUCCAUAGUUUUCUACUAAGACUAGCUUACCUAGGCAUGUAUUUUGCUGUGUAUGAUUCAUACACGAAAUGUCCAAGUGUACUCCUUGUGACUCAAUGGAGUUAUACGAUGAAAUUUUAGACCCCCAGGAUUAUGUUCGUUUCGAAGCUCUGCUGGUUGGAUGGCAUGAAUGUACAUAGGAAGCAUUUGUUGCAAUCUGUAAAUAUGGGAGGAGGAAUACGUUUGUGAAUACCUGUACAUACAGAUCAGUCGUUUUCAACAGUAUCUCCACCUGUACAUAUUGUUUGGAGAACUAGCAGUGUUAUUGCUGAUUAUUUGUUUUUCUUCAAGCCAGAGAACUGUCAGGUGGCAGUGCGGCACGUGUCCUGCUGCAAUUGUUGGUUAUUUGCUCGAAAUGAGAUUAUGUCACACAUUUUAGUUGUUUCUGCAUGCUUCUC